GCCAGCCAAACGGACCUCUUCUCCACCUCAAACAAAGCUCCCUCCCACAUCUCCAAGUUCCCCGUCGUCCUCCCCUAUACGACCUGAUAUCCAACCCACAUCCAAAUUCACCGGAGCAAUACACAAAACCUUUCAACAUGUCGCGAGCAGCCCGAGUCGAGGAGGUGUACGACUCCGACCCCGAGGAAGUUGCGCCCUCCGCCAGCUUCGCCAACGACUCCAUCAUUUCUCCUGCUGUCGUCCCCACCACGUCCUCUAUGCCCACAAGGCCUCCCCCGGAGCCCACGCGCGAGAUUCCUAAACACUACCAAUGCUUGUACCCCAUAUACUUCGACAAGUCCCGGUCCCGCGCCGAGGGCCGCAAGGUCGGCGCUGAGCUGGCCGUCGAGAACCCAUUGGCUCGAGACAUCGUCGAUGCAGUGCAGAUGAUGGGGCUGACCGUAGGCUUCGAGCCGGAGAAGUUGCAUCCCAAGGACUGGGCCAACCCUGGUCGCGUGCGCGUGAUGCUGAAGGACGAGAGUGGCCAAUUGGUCAACCCGAAGAUCAAGAACAAACACCAUCUAUACAUCCUCGUGGCGCAGUACCUCAAAGCUCACCCCACCACCGAAGAAUCGCCCUACCGGUUGAGAAUCAGAGGCCUUCCGGUGCCCGAGAAACUCCCCGGCGCUCCCCCCGCUCCCCGCGGCUGGAAGAUCGGAAAGAUUCUCCCCAUUCACUCCCCUGCCUACAGCGGUGGCGGUGUCAGCGACAACCCGCUCAAGGACGCCAUGGCUGAGAUGCAGAACAUGCAGGGCAUGCCCGGUAUGCCCGAGAUACCCGGAAUGGCGGAUCUGGCGAACAUGAUGGGCGGCUUAGGAGGGCAAGCCAAUCCCAGCGCUAAAUCUCCGCGACGCUAUGGCAACUACGAUGCCACACCUGCCUCUGCCUCCUCUUCCUCCUCCGCUGCGCCGCGGGCCGGGAAAACGGGAGGUCGUCAGAUCACGCGCAACCGCGCCAGCUACAGCUGUCAUACCUGUCGGAGACGGAAGGUGAAAUGCGACAAGGUCCAUCCAAUCUGCGGUAACUGCCAAAAGAACGAAACCGAAUGUAUCUACGAUGUCUCCGCGCAGAAAGACGCGGAGGCGCACAAUGCGCAAGCCAAGGACGGACAAGGCGUCAAGCGACGGAGGGAGUCGUCGCAACAGCUGGACGACGACAUGGAUGAGCUCCAAUCCAUCUACGGCCAUUUGAAGCGGUCCGGCUCGGCGGAGCAGAGGCUCGGGUCGCAAGGGAUCGAAGCGCGGUUGGAUAAGCUUACUUCCAUGAUCGAGCGGCUCAGCAAAACCAACAGUCAGGCAUUGGAUCCGUCGGAGAAGCGGCUGCUGUUGCAAAGUGCGGGCUCGGACUCAUCAAAGAGGGAGCCUCGCGUGGCCAGCGCGGCGGCUGCGUCGAAGGCUGCGUCGAAGGCUGCGUCGAAGGCUUCCGAUACAGCGCGCUCGGAUAGCCCGCGUCGCGUGGCGGAUUCGAGUGGGGAUGAGUUCCCGAUCCCUGCCGGCCAUGCUACGGAUUUGGUCGAUCCGGUGGGGAGUCUGAAUCUGGGUCAUCUGAGUUUGGAGGAUGGAGGUCGAUCGAGAUAUGUGGGAACCACGUAUUGGGCUUAUAUUUCACAUGAGAUCAACGAGCUCAAUCAACUACUUAGGGUCCAGCACCGCUCGCAUAAUGAGCGGAACUCCCAGGACACUUCUGCUGAAGAUACUACUACGGAACCUAUGGAAGCGACACCUAGCCGCCAAUGGAAGCCAAUGCCAGAUGUGUCUGGUGCGCUUGUGACCGAUCAGGCUUCCCGGGGAGAAAGGUUCCAGAAAUCUGUGCUGUUUCCAUCGGGUGAAUCACCUUCGGUCAAGGAAAAGGUGGUUGAGCCUGAAAUGCUUGAGAACAUGCCAACAAAGCGACAAAGUCACAUCCUGUACAAAGGAUUCAUGUCUGGAGUUCACGCCAUCACUCCGGUGAUCCACCCACCGACCAUACACAAACUCUACUACUCAUUCUGGGACUGGUAUGACUCCAGCAGCUAUUCAGGCGACCCUUGCCCAGACCCGUCGUUCAUCCCGUUGCUUUAUGCCAUCUGGUAUGGUGGAUCCGUUACGAUAUCACUACGAACCAUCAAGGCUGAAUUCAAUGUGUCGUCCCGAUCAACGCUCUCCAAGGCAUACAACGAUGAAGUGACAAGAUGGUUGACCAAAAUCUCUUUCCCUCGAAGUCCGUCUCUGCAAGGCCUGGCUGCAUAUCUCUUAGUUCAGACGAUACUCGCGAAAGAAGAAGAGCCUCUAACGAGCAGUCUGUUCGUCAGUCUCGCCAUGAGGGUAGCUCAAACCAUGGGGUUGCAUCGAGAUCCUGCGAAAUUCGGCAUUGACCCCUGUGAAGCAGAGUAUCGUCGUCGCAUAUGGUGGCAUAUCGUCCAUAUGGACGGUGUGGUUGCCAUGUCCAGUGGGUUGCCCCCAUUGGUCAGUGACGAGAACUACUGGGAUGUUCGCGACAGUAGCGAGGUGAAAGAUACCUUGCUCGGUACCCCAGAGGCUGAAAAGUACGACCGGCUAGUCAUGACCGGCCUCAGGCUUCCUGACAACCCGGACGAUCCAACCAUUUGUGGCGGUCCCUCGAUGGUCAACGUCUACUAUCUGGCCGCACGGGGGAAGUAUACGAUGGCUCGUGCUGUUCGACGGAUUUUGAAAAUCCAGUUGGGUACCAGGCCCUUAACACGGCGGGAUAUGGAAGAGCUUAGGUCGAUUCUGGUUGAGCUGCAGCAGAACUUGAACUCCAUCGUCUCCCGUAUACCAGAAGCCGAUUUGGCCGAUGUCUCUUCAGUUCCCUCGACUAGGUCUUGGUCUACCUCCUCGCUUGCUGAAAACCGCAGCAGCGACAUUGAGCUUCCCGGAGAAGGGCCGAACGGCUGUCCUGAGCAAUACCAUUCUCCAGUCCUUGUGUCUUUCCACAAGUGGGCCAGGAUUGUCCUCUCACUCUUCAUUGACAAGGCAUUCUGUGUCGCCUAUCAACCUUUUCUAAAGAACGCAAAGAGCCGGAUCUGGCCGGCUGCGAGACAAAGCGCUCUCCGCCAUUGUCAUGGUUUCAUGGAGAAGUUUGUUUCUCUUGCAACCGACCCUGAUUUCCAGCCAUUCCAAUGGAGCUGGCCCGGCAAUCACCAGCCCAUGCAUGCCACCAUGAUCAUGCUCAUUGAUCUUUACGAACGGCCCUACAGCGCUGAGGCGCCAAAAUCACGGGCGUACAUUGACAAAAUCUUCUCCAUGACAGGCCCGGAUGGAGGAGUUGUUGGGGGUGAAGAUGGCAUCUCGACUCAACGACCCUUGAACGACGGUGGUCGCGAGGCCUGGGACAUGAUCCGCCGGCUGCGGCAGCAGGCCUGGCAGCGAGCUGGACUCGAUCCUAGUCGACUAUGGUCCGAACAGGCGCAGAUCCAAGCGGGCGUGGCCGCCAGCGCCGAUGACCAUACAUCUGCCCCUGGAGCAGAUGCUGCAUCUCGGCGACAACCCAGGGACUUCUCUAAGCUAUUCCAUAACAUGACUCGAUCUCACAUCCGCCCCAACUCAUCUCUCCGCUACCAACUCCCUUCUCCCACCCAGCAGCAUCACCAACAGCAGCGAAGAUCCCCUUCGCAAUCAGCCAGCCCCCAAAUGAUGUCUCCUGACCCCCACCUCCGCCCCUCCUCCACAUCCUCCUCCUCCCCCGUCGCCCAACAACAACAACCAAGCAGCGAACCGUCCCCCUCGUCACCCCUAACCCAACCCGGAGGCCCCUCGACCACGUCCUCCUCCGAGAACACGAACAUGAACACAGCCCCCCUACUCCCGCCAGGCCUGAACCCAGGCUUCACCUUCAACCCACAAUCCCUGCCGUCGGCACCACCUCCGGCGCUGCCCGCCUUCCUCGUCGAUGUCGCCGCCGCCUCGCCCGCCACGCAGGCCAUGACCGGGGUCCCCACCCCGCCCUCCAUGGUGGAUCCGAACCUAAACUUCGACUGGGACCAGUGGGACGCCGUCUUCGGGCAGCAUCUGCCCGUCGCCGACGAGCUCAUGGAGCUCGACCCGGUCACCGGGCUGGAGUUUGGGGAUUUGGGUGUGCAGGGGAGUAGUAGUCCUGGUGCGGGUACGGGCGGAGAGAUGUCCUCGCAUCGGUCUCAUUGGGCGGGUUAUUGAAUUCAUACAUAGUCGAAAUGAAGUGAUCUGAGCUCUCUUGCAUUUGUUUACA